AUGGAUGAAGAGAUGAGGGCCUGGUGGUGCGCUAACUGUCCUGACGCCUGGGAGGCGAUGGUGGACAAGUGGCUGGACCCCGUGUUUCGUGAGGCGCACAGGGCGGCCCAGGAAAGGCGUCGACGUAUGCCUGGUGUAGCACACCAUCAGGGGAACCGCAGCCUCUCUGGAUACGCACAAGCAUGGUCGGCGGCACACGGGGGACAGCCUUGCUCCUUGUUCGCCGCGUAUGGCAUGUCCCACAAGGGCCCGGCGUCGUCUGACGUCUCCUUCAGCGUGGACGACCCGCCCGAGGCGUACACCAACGCGGGCGUCUACGACAAGGUCACCGCCUACGCGCAGGAGGCGGCAAGAAGCAUGGGCGCUACUGGAUUGGCAACAGCGUCAUCGACAGGUCGACUACUCCCACCCUCUCCCAGAUCCGAGCAUCGACCACGAGCGUGA